AUGCAACUCCACGCGUUACUGCUGCUUCUGCACUCAUUACUUUCACUGCCAUCCGCAUGCGUGUCUUACAACAUCUUGUUCAUGUGCCCCUUUCCAGCGCCGAGCCAUUGGAUGUGGAUGGAGCACUUUUUGCAAGAAUUACUGCGUCGUGGGCAUCAGGUUACUGCACUGACCAAUCACCCAGUCAAGCAGCAGCAUUCAAACUUAACGCAGAUUAUUAUUGAGCCACACUUCAAUUUAACGCAUUAUUAUCCUAGAGCAGAUAUUUUUAAAAUGCAAUUCUCAAGUGAGUUUGAAAAUUUAAAAUUAUACUGGCACAUCGGUUUAUUAACCUCCGAACACGCGCUCGCCCAACCAAAGGUUAAGGCAUUGAUCGCUAGCAGGCAUCUCACAUUCGAUCUGGUCGUUUUGGAGCAGUUCUUCCAUGAAAGUUUUCUGAUGUUUGCACAUAAAUUCAAAUGUCCAGUGGUGACGCUCGGCACAAUGAGCUAUGCUGAUAAUAUGGAUCAUGCCAUGGGGCUGCUAACGCCUUGGUCGUUUGUGCCACACUUAUUUCUCUCGCAUACAGAUCGCAUGGACUUCCUCGCAAGAGCUUAUAAUACUUACCUCUCACUUUAUGAUGCUGUGCUCAGGCGUUGGUAUUACAUGCCGAGAAUGCAGAAAAUGGCAGAGCAGCAUUUCGAAGGAUUCAUUGAGGGUGCUUUUCCACAAGUAAGCGAACUUGUACAAAAUAUUUCACUGAUGCUGAUCAACAGCCAUCGUGGCGUGGACGCGCCUCGGCCCAGCAUGCCCGGUCUAGUAAAUGUUGGCGGCAUACAUAUCAAGCCAGCUAAACCACUGCCAUCAGAUUUACAGGCUUAUCUCGAUAACUCACCGCAUGGCGUCAUCUACUUCUGCCUUGGCUCAUACCUACAAAGCACCGAUAUACCAGCGGCGAAAAUCGAGCUUCUCUUAAACGCUUUUGCCCAACUAAAACAGAAUGUCUUGUGGAAAUUCGAAAACUCCAGCAUCGCACAGUUGCCAUCAAAUGUUAAAAUUUAUAAGUGGCUACCACAAAAUGAUAUUCUGGCACAUCAUAACUUGAAAUUAUUUAUAACGCAUGGCGGCAUCUUCAGCACACAAGAGGGCAUCUACUGGGGUGUGCCAAUGCUGUGCAUACCAUUUUUUGGCGAUCAACACCGUAAUGCUAUGAAAGUGACUGGCGCGGGAUAUGCAGAAGUUUUGAUUUUCAAUAAAAUGACUAGUGAAGAUUUGGUGCAGCAAAUACAGUUGCUAAUCAGUGAUCCGAAUUACAAACGCAGAGCAUUGGAGGCAUCGCGCCUGUUUAGAGAUAAUCCAAUGGAUCCCUUGCAAGAGGCUGGCUUUUGGUUGGAAUAUGUGAUAAGACAUGGGGGCGCAUGGCACUUGAAGUCUCGUGGCGCUUACAUGCCGCUUUAUCAGUACUUAUUGUUGGAUGUGUUGGCCUGCGUACUUGUGCUGUUAUUUUUGGUCAUUGCGUUAAUUGCUGGCGUAGUAAGAGCUUGUCAGCGGCUGGCGUUGCCAAGGCGGAAGUCGUUGGUGAUGAUGAGGCGUAAAAAGCAGUAA